CCCUUUUAAACCCACGCGUGCUCAGCGCGUGCUUCACGGUUCUGUCGCACUCUGGCGGAUGCCAUGGCAUUUUCUCUUCUCCACUACAUCCUGUCAGCUCAUGGAUCUAUGGAGUCUGGAAAUCAGGACUUUCAGCCCUGGAAGGAUUACAUGGGUCUGGCGGACAUGAUCCGAGGCAUGCAGCGGCCAGCAGAGCAGCCAGACGCGGCCGAUGACGCCGCCGCCUCCGCCGCGCUCCCGGAGUCUCCAAGCGGCCCGACGCGUGCGCACGGGACCGUGACGACGGAGAACAGAGACCCGGGACACGGGAAGAGCACCCGCAGCAACCCAUCCGAGAAGAAGUUCUGCAGCUUCUGCAAACACAACGGAGAGUCCGAGACCGUGUUCACCUCACACUACUUGAAAGACCGCGCCGGGGCCGUGACGUGUCCGUACCUGAGCCAGUACGUGUGUCCCCUGUGCGGAGCCACCGGGGCCAAAGCGCACACCAAGAGAUUCUGCCCGCUCGUGGACAAAACCUACAGCUCCGUGUACGCCAAAACAACAUGGGGACCCGGACGUUUCUGACCCGCAGAAGACCUCGCCACGGUAUACGAGAAGGACGUUUUUUACGAGUGGUUUUAAUAUUUAAGUUUUAAGCUUUAAUUGUUCGAUCCAUAAUGGCUUGUGUGUAAGUUUGCAUGCAUGUGUGUUUUUUGGUGUUUGAUUUUGCACGUGUCUUCUCUUGUGUGCAGUGGGUUUUUUAUUUCUAUUCUUUAUUUUUUUUUCACUCUUUUCACUUUGACUUUAAACAAACUUGUACACAAGCCAAUAGGCUCGCUACAGGUGCAACCACGUGUGAACCAGCUCUUGUUAAUAUUACUAAAAAAAGUAUUUUGUGAUACUCUGUGGUGAAAUAUAUAUAUAAACGCUUUUAAUGUUA